AUGGAUUAUCAGUAUAUUCUUGGAGGGUUUCUUGCUUUUAGUUUAGCAUUUGUGUUUGUUUUGUAUAGUUUUGUAGAAAAGAAGAAGGUCACAGAAAGAGGUUCGAGUUCAAUAGAUGUGAAAAGUAAUGGAUGUGCAAAAACAUCGUCGGAAAAUGGAAUAUGGUCGCAUGAGGUUGAAGGAGAAACUGAUAUUAUUAUUGUAGGUGCUGGUGUUGCUGGUGCUGCUCUUGCUUAUACACUUGGAAAGGAUGGACGGCGAGUGCAUGUGAUCGAAAGAGACUUGAGUGAACCUGAUAGGAUUGUGGGUGAAUUGUUGCAACCUGGUGGAUAUCUAAAGUUACUCGAGUUGGGUCUUGAAGAUUGUGUGGAUGAAAUUGAUGCACAAAGAGUCUUUGGCUAUGCACUUUAUAAGGAUGGGAAAAACACCAAGUUGUCUUAUCCCUUAGAAAAGUUUAACUCUGAUGUAUCUGGAAGAAGCUUUCAGAAUGGUCGUUUCAUACAAAGAAUGCGAGAAAAGGCUUCAUCUCUUGCAAAUGUGAAGUUAGAACAAGGAACUGUCACGUCUUUACUCGAAGAAAAUGGAACCAUCAAAGGGGUAAACUACAAAAACAAGAGUGGACAAGAGUUCACCACAAAGGCUCCUCUUACCAUAGUAUGUGAUGGUUGUUUUUCCAACUUGAGACGCACUCUUUGUAAUCCUAAGGUUGAAGUUCCUUCUCAUUUUGUUGGAUUGAUAUUGGAGAAUUGUAACCUUCCAUAUGAAAAUCAUGGACAUGUUAUCUUAGGUGAUCCUUCACCAAUUUUGUUUUAUCCUAUAAGUAGUACCGAGAUUCGAUGUUUGGUCGAUGUGCCUGGCCAAAAACUACCUUCUGUUGGUAAUGGUGAAAUGGUUCAUUAUUUGAAAACUGUGGUAGCACCUCAGGUUCCUCCAGAGUUGUAUACUUCUUUUAUUGCAGCAGUUGAUAAAGGGAACAUCCGAAGCAUGCCAAAUAGAAGCAUGCCUGCCGCACCUUAUCCCACGCCCGGGGCUCUUCUGAUGGGAGACGCGUUCAAUAUGCGCCACCCUUUGACGGGAGGUGGAAUGACGGUUGCUUUGUCCGACAUUGUCGUGCUAAGGAAUCUACUUAAACCUCUACAUAAUCUUCAUGAUGCUUCUGCUCUUUGCAACUACCUCGAAUCUUUCUACACACUAAGAAAGCCAGUGGCAUCUACAAUAAACACAUUAGCAGGAGCAUUAUACAAAGUGUUUUGUGCAUCUCCUGAUCCAGCUAGCAUAGAAAUGCGCCAAGCAUGUUUUGAUUAUUUGAGCCUCGGAGGCGUUUUCUCAAACGGACCAAUAGCUCUACUCUCCGGUCUGAAUCCUCGGCCGCUGAGCCUGGUUCUCCAUUUCUUCGCGGUGGCAAUAUAUGGUGUUGGCCGCCUGUUGAUUCCGUUUCCGUCCCCGAAACGAAUGUGGAUAGGAGCUAGACUAAUUUCAGGUGCAUCAGGUAUAAUAUUUCCAAUUAUUAAGGCAGAAGGAGUAAGACAAAUGUUUUUUCCAGCAAGUGUGCCAGCAUAUUACAGAACUCCUCCUGUCCAUUAA